AAUCCAGUUGGAGGGCGGGACCUGCGGAGCUAGGAGGAGCUGUUUUAGGGUGUUGUGAAUUCGUUCAGGCAAGAAAUCUUGAGUGGGAGUUGUCAAGAUCGAUUUGUUGUGCGUCUUGUCCGUCGAUUCGCACCGAUUACCACCGCGCCAGCCGUAGCCAUGCCCGGGAUAGAGAAGCUACCGAUAGAGGAGACGCUAGAGGACAGUCCGCAGACGCGCUCGCUGCUGGGAGUGUUUGAGGAAGACACUGCAGCGAUGUCCAACUACUGUGCACAGCUCUAUCAGGCCAUGCAGAGGAUUUAUGAUGCACAGAAUGAGCUCAGUGCUGCGACCCACCUGACCUCCAGACUGCUGAAAGAGUACGACAAACAGCGUUUUCCACUAGGGGGCGACGAUGAGGUGAUGAGCUCCACCCUGCAGCAGUUUGCAAAAGUUAUUGAUGAGUUGAGUUCCUGUCAUGCUGUCUUGUCCACCCAGCUUGCAGAUGCCAUGAUGUUUCCCAUCACUCAGUUUAAAGAGAGAGAUCUGAAGGAGAUCCUCACUCUCAAAGAAGUCUUCCAAAUAUCCAGUGAUGAUCACGACGUAGCCAUUAACAGAUACAGCCGCCUGUCCAAGAAGAGGGACAACGACAAGUUGCGUGCGGAGGCCGUGGAGGACGUGUACACCUCCCGCAAGAAACAGCACCAGACCAUGAUGCACUACUUCUGCUCGCUUAACACGCUACAGUACAAGAAGAAGACGGCUCUGCUGGAGCCGCUGCUGGGCUACAUGCAGGCCCAGAUCAGUUUCUUUAAGCUGGGUUCAGAAACUCACCCAGCAGUGGGAGACUUCCUGGGAACCAUAGGAACCAGUGUCCAGAAUGUGCGUCGGGAGAUGGAGGCAGAGGUUGGGCAGAUGCAGGAGACCAUCCAGGAGAUGGAGAGAUCAUGUGACGGGCUGUACACACCAUGUGACCCUGAUCCCGCCCACUCACCCGUCUGUCGCAACCUGACCAGGAAACAGGGCUACCUGCACAUCCGCAAUAAGACGGGACUGGUGUCGUCGUCCUGGGAGCGCCAGUACUUCUUCACGCAGGGCGGUAAUCUGAUGCAGCAGGGCCGCGGCGAGGUGGCGGGGGGGCUGGUCACGGACCUCGACAACUGCUCCGUCAUGGCGGUCGACUGUGACGACCGUCGCUUCUGCUUCCAGGUCACAUCCUUCGAUGGCAAGAAAGUGGUGACGCUGCAGUCGGAGAGCAGGAAGGACUGCGAGGAGUGGAUCUCCACCAUCAACAACAUCUCCAAAAGGAUCUACCUGAGUGAGAACGCCGAGGAGCUUGCAGCCAGAGUGAACCAAUCGGCUCUUGAAGCCGUGACGCCGUCUCCGUCCUUCCAGCAGAGACACGAGAGCAUGAGACCCAGCAGUAAAGGGCGUGUGGGCCGAGCGAGUAGCAUCAGCUCCGUGGGCUCUGAGCCGUCCCCUGCCCUGUCUGUGCUCUCAUUGGAUGCCCUGGUUGCCCCGGAAACACCCAUCCAGUUUGACAUCAUUUCCCCGGUCAGCGAGGAGAACUCAGGACAAAGCAAGACAGCAUCACAGACCGGCAGAAGGAGUAAUCCAUUUGGAGAGUCGGGAGACAGCACUUCAGAGGACAGUGAAGACUCGAUCCUCCACCAGCUCUUCAUCGUUCGCUUCCUGGGCUCCAUGGAGGUGCGUAAUGCUGAGUCAGCAGACAUCAUCUCCGAGACCAUGAGGCAGAUCCUGGCCGCCAGAGCCAUCCACAACAUCUUCAGGAUGACCGAAUCCCACCUGCUGGUCACCUGUGACUGCCUCAAGCUCAUUGAUCCUCAGACACAAGUCACUCGACUCAGGUUCCCUCUCUCCAGUGUGGUCCAUUGUUCGUCCCAUCAGGACAACAAGAGGCUGUUUGGUUUCGUGUUGCAGGCGGUGGCGGCGGGCGGGCGGGGUGACAGCCGAGCCGUCUGCUACAUCUUCGAGUCAAACAAUGAUGGGGAGAAGAUCUGCGACAGCGUCGGCCUGGCCAAGCAGAUAGCCUUCCACUCUGAGAUGGACCGUAAGGCCGUGGAGAAGAGGAAGGAGCACGACAAGGCCAAAGAGAAACAGCAGGAAGAACUCAGUAAACAGAGACAGAUAGAGAAGGAUCUGGAGGAGCAGAGCCGUCUGAUCGCCGCCUCGAGUCGCCCCGCUAACCCGCCUGCUUCUGACGGACAAUUCCUAGUGCUUAGCAACAGCCAAUCGGAGGACAGCGAUGCCGGGGAGGAGGGGAAGAAGCAGGGCGAGUCUGAAGCCUAACGAAGCCGACGGAGGAUGCAUGUUUGACCACCCGGGCGAGUCCCGGCUGGUACUGUCGAAGCAACAGCUCAGGAAUCAGAAGAGGGGAACACCACCCGCCCACCCGGGCUGCCUAGGACUGAAAAACAUGCGCUCCCUCCUUUGCUGGACUCCGUUUGAAGUUGGUGGUGGAGCCUGUCACUCCGAGAAGGGAGGAUAAACUAAACGCACCCUCACUGUAAGAAGAGGAGGGGAGUGUGAGUGGACUUGUGUUUUAUUCUGUGUAAAAAAACAAACACAAAAAACCACAGAUUUUUAUACCGGCUCCACUCUCCAGAAAAGGACGCAAAUAUAGAUUUAACCUGUAGGUUUCUGUUGUUUUUUUUAUGUGUAUUUUAUAGAAAGCUCUAACAGCAAUGACAAAGGAUUAAAAGCAAAACAAGGCACGCAAAAUAAGGAACCGGGAUCUGAAGGAGACACAUUUGGGCCGGGGUCCUUGUCAACUCUUGCUCAAGGGCUCUUCGGCAGGAGGCGACGGUUUCCCCGAGGUUCCGGCGGGCAGCAGGACCCGAAAAAUGAGAGAUACACUGUUGUAAAACAAAAAGAGAAGACGAGGGAGGAAGAGGUACCAGGGAGUCUUAUUUUGAAGAGUUGUGUUUGUGUUUUUAAAGCGUCCUGCAGCGUUUUGGAGGUUUUUCCUCUAAACCUUAAAGGCUCGGACACACCAACCCGGACUGAUCCGUCGGCUCCCGUCUCUCAAAAAAGCGCGUCAGAACACACCGAAGCGACGCCAGCUGGAGAGUAUGUUCUGCGUGUGUGCGAGACGUAAUACGUCUACACAACAGCAGGCGCCGCUAAUCUAUUCUAUUCUCGCCCAAAAAAACGAAAACUGCCAACUGAUUGGACGAGCGUCGCGUGGUUCCGGCUUCUCGGAAAAUUCCAAGCCAGACCGUCAUGGCGGCUUGUUCAGGAUACGAUCUCAUAUUUUACAAAAAUAGUUCAACGAAACGUGUUUCUGAAAACAUUUUAACCCUUGUGUUGUCCUUGGUUCAAAUUGACCCGUUUCAAAGUGUUUAAUAGCAAAAAUAUGGAUUUCUUUCAACCAAUCUGCCCAAAAAUUACAUGGAUUAUUCCAUAUGUUGUUCAGGUAGCAUUAAUGAUUACUUUAAUUUAAUUAUUUGGGUGUUUUAUUUUCUUUUAAUUAUCUUACAGCAUUUGAAUUCUUUUUUUAAAGGUUUCAAAACAGUAUCCGGACUAAACUUUGGCAUAUACUCAUCUGUGAUCCAGUCAAAAUAAUUCAUAACUUCUGUCUUUUUAAAGUAAAAACGUCUGUAUAAAUUGAUAUAAAUGAGGUUUUGUUGACCAUGAAUUCCAAGAAUAAGUGUAAAACCAAUUAUUAAACCAGCUCAGGUUUUUUUUAAAAGUGCCAAAAGCUGGAAAAAAGUGACAAAUAAAUCAGAAAAAGUGACAAAACCAUUUGAAAAGCACAAAAAAAAAGUUAUUUUUCAAUUUUGACCUGGAAGGACAAGUUCAUGGUUAACGGGAAGACAACAUAAGGGUUAAGCGAGAAAUCGGCCGUGCAGCUGCUGAAUCCGUCUUCGUUUUCAGAUCGACAAAGGUCGGUUUAAAAGAUUUUCGUCAGAUUUUUGAGAGACUCUCGUGUCCCUCAUCCCUCUCGUCCUUUCCGGGCUAGCACUCCACCAGUCGGAUUCGCCGCUGUCCGACUGCCCGCCUUCCGAUUCAACACGUCAUGUCGGCCAAAACGUCUGACUGACAGCGGCACGGGACACACCGAACAGACUCGAGUCACCGACCUCGCCAGGACCAGGUAACCAUAGUCCUCAGAUUGGACAGAUAGUCUAGCUAGCGGUCUGGAUUUACCCUGCAGAGAUCUGAGGACCAGGUAACCAUAGUCCUCAGAUUGGACAGAUAGUCUAGCUAGCUGUCUGGAUUUACCCUGCAGAGAUCUGAGGACCAGGUAACCAUAGUCCUCAGAUUGGACAGAUAGUCUAGCUAGCGGUCGGAUUUACCUGCAGAGAUCUGGGCAGGUAACUAGUCCUCAUGGACGAAUCUAGCUGUCGGAUUACUGCAGGAUCUGGACAGGUAACCAUAGUCCUCAGAAAGCCAACAGAGUCCUGUAGCGGUGCGUGUUCGAGUCCGACCCGCUGCCCUUUGCUGCGUGUCCUCUUACACGUCUCCCCCUUUCAUGUCCACUGUCUCUGCACCGUAAAGGGAAAAGCCCAAAACAUAAUCUUAAAAUAAAUACUACAUAAAAGGAAUAGGAAGGUAACGGACAUCCGGAGUAAAAAUCCAGCGGAAUUUCCGUCGGCAACGGAGCAAUCCUAGAAGUGGAACGUCAACUAAAGAUCGGGCGACUAUCGGUCAGAAAAAUAAAAUGUAUUUAUCAAUUAGAAUCCCUAAUUUUAGUUGAAGACAGAAUGUGAUUUGCCCGUUGCGGUUUGGUGCAGAGAAACACGAAGAAACGUCCCGAACGCAGCAGAAUAAGAAGAAAAGAGAGAAUCGAGGCAGAGGGCUGGGUCAUAAUUAAUAAUAAUCAUGAUUGAGAGGGGAUUACUUUGGUAUUGGUCUAUACGUUGUUGUUUUUCAAACAUCUUACUCAUUGUUACUGGAAAUCAUCGAAUCUGUGCUCCCUGGGUGAUGGCAUGCCUUGGAAACACACAUCUCUUUGUCAGUAAUCUCUCCAGUUGUACGCAAAAACUCUGGUGUUGAAGACAGAAUUAUUGUGUCAUUUUAAAAUAUUGAUUACUGAAAUUUUCAGCACCGCCUUUUUUGUUUUUAUCAGGGUUAGGGUAGCAGGUCCAGUUCUGCUCCUCGGGGGUCGAAGGUCAGCUCUGAUUGGCCCCAAAGCCCCCUUCGGAUGUAUAAGAAAUGAACACCUUCAACAACCUCCAGUGCCAAUACUAACUUUCUUUCAUUUUUCUUUUCUGUAUUUCUGUAAAUGGUAGAAAACAAUGUUAAUAUCGUUCAUUAGCCAUGCUUCGCCCUGCAUUUCAUGCAUUUCAUGCCAUUUGUGUGCAGGCGUGAAACUACUAAAAAAGAAAAUCUGACGUUAAACCUUCUCAUUUGAAGAUUUAUAUUCCAUAAAUACAUAUGUCUGUCUCUUACAAAAUGAAUAUAUGCAUGAAAGCAGUGCUCAUCCUUUCUAAGCCACAAAAUAUGCUUUGCUUUUCUUUUCUUGCUGUAGAUGUGUCGACAACAAAAGCCCAAAUCUGAUCAAACGUCCUCCUCACUUUUUACUGGAUUUGUCGACGGUUCUACGUUUUAAAAACAAAGAAGAGAAAAUUGGGCUCAACUUUUUGUCUUCUCUGAUACGCUCGUAUAUUUUACUCAUUCGGAAAUUUAACUUUUUGACACAAAAUAAUCAGCUGAGUCGGCGCGUUUCUCCUGACAUCACGAUAUUUAUCCGUGUUUUUAACAAAACGUUGAUCCGUGUCAUUAGUUCGGGGCCUUUUCUGUCGUUUUCCCAGGUUCCAUUCAUUAACCUGCCUUUCGUCCAGAGGGAUGCUAAAGGUCAGAGGUCACAGUCUCCUGUUUACACGGCGACGACGCUUCUAAAAGCCUAAAUCAGUGGCGAUGAUUUUUAUUUUUCGGUGUCUUUUGGGCGGAGGUUUUCUCGAUGUAAGCAGGUGGAGAACUCGUGUCGAAGUGGAGCCGCACUUUACCGACGCAGGGAAACUUGACCGGAUCCAUGAUGGCGAUAAAUGUAAAUAUGUUUCAGUUAUUGUUUCUGUGUCAUCAUGAAUUAAAAAAAGACAAGAAAAGAAGCUUUUCAGUGAUAAAUAAAGCACUAACUCCA